AUGCCGAUCUGUCCAUACUGCAACGAUUAUCUGCGGACCGAACAAGGCCUCAAAUCACACAUCCAGCUCAAGGAAGCAUGUCGACUCACUGAUGAACGAUCUCGUCUCCCACCCCACUUCACGGUUGCACAGAAUGAGCCCUCUGAACAGCACUUCAUGGAUGUCGACUCUAUUCCCGAUCCACUGCGCAUGCCCCCUUCAAUGCCAGUUCCUGGGCCGUCCCAACCGCAUCAGCAACCGGCGCACACACAACCCCUUCGACCCGACGAGGAAGGCAGCAACGACGGCUUACCUCAAGAGCUCUGGAACCUGGCGAAGUGGCUGAUGGCAUUGGGGGCGAGUCAAGGAGCGAUUGAUGACUUCCUCAAACUCCAAAUUAUCAAGAACCGUACGAAGCCCUCAUUUGUCAGCAGUUACAAGUUCUUUCAAAUGAUAGAUGCCUUACCCCGCGGUUUUGCGAACUGGAAAGUGGAGACGUUUGAGCAGACCGGUGACUUGGUUGAUGAGGAAGGCGGCUUACUCAAGGAGGUCGCGUUCCUCUGGAAGCGGGACCCGGUGGAGUUGACUCGUGAGUUGAUGGGGAAUCCACUCUUCCAAGAACACAUCCACUUUGCGCCAAAGAGGGUGUUUGCGGAUGCGGAGGGGAAACAGCGUGUCUACAAGGGGAUGGAGACAACGGAUUGGUGGUGGAAUACUCAGCUUCGACUACGGAACGGUGCCACGAUUGCUGCUGUCAUCAUCUCCUCAGACAAGACGACCCUCUCGAGGAUGAGUGGAGACAAGAUGGGCUGGCCACCGCUCAUCGAGGCGGGGAAGAUGGGCGUUGAGAUGGUUUGCGCGGACGGCAUGGUACGCCUGGUUUUCCCCAUCCUCGCGGCGUAUAUCGCGGACCACCCGGAGCAGUGUAUCGUUGCAGGCUGCAAAGAGAACUACUGCCCCAGGUGUACAGUGUCUCCGAAGAACCGUGGGGAGCCGAGCGCUGCACCUCUUCGCGAUCCGGCGAGAAGUGCAUGGUUGUUCAAAAUGGCGUCAAAAUAUCCUGAACAAACACCUGCUGAGUUUGACGAACUUGGGCUCCGUGAGAUCGAACCAUUCUGGACACGCUUACCCUUUGCCAAUAUCUUCACUGUGAUCACUCCCGAUAUCCUCCAUCAGCUGCACAAGGGUAUGUUCAAGGAUCAUCUUGUCAGCUGGGUGACCAAGGCGAUUGAAGACGGAGAGGCUGAGAUCGACAAGAGGUUCAAGGCGAUGCCAAAGCACUCAGGGCUCAGACUCUUCGCAAAAGGGAUAUCGGGGAUCUCGCAGUGGACGGGGAACGAGUACAAGCACAUGGAGCGCGUCUUCCUCGGCGUCAUCGCAGGCGCUCCAUCCGCUCUGGAAGUCACACGCGCUGUUCGGGCUUUGCUCGACUUCAUCUACUAUGCCCACUUCGAAACCCACGACGACCACUCCCUUGACCAAUUGCACGAGUCCUGGGCUGCUUACCAUCGUUACAAGUCUGUCUUUGUCGACCUGGGGAUCCGAGAACACUUCAACUUCCUGAAGAACCACUUCACCGAGCAUUACAAGCCCGCGAUUCGACACACCGGUACCGCAGAUGGCACCAACACGGAGAACACAGAACGGCUUCACAUCGACACGACCAAGCUCGCGUACAAUGCGUCAAACAAGCAGAAGUCGUAUCUCGCGCAGAUGACAAGCAUCGCGAAAACUCCCGCGUACCCAAACCUGACUCUUGCGGAGCUUGCGGAGCGGUUCCACGCUCCCGAUCUCGCGCCCCGCCUCUUCCGCUAUCUUCAGGAAGCGGCCUUGGGUAAUGUUGCUCGUCAGCAGCACCUUGCUACUAUCACCAUCCACGAGCACACGCGCGUCGCGGCUUACGUGCAGUUCAAAGUCCAGCUUCCCGUCAUCCGUCAAGUCUCAUCACGCACCCCGCACAUUGACACCAUCCAUGCCACGUGCUCACAGCCUGCCCGUCCUCCGCUCAAGGAGGCCACUCCGGCCAAUAUGUCAACAGUACUUCCUACAGGACUUCGCAUCGCACGCAUCCAGGCGAUCUUUGACGUUCCUUAUGAAGUUGACAGAGCUGUGUUAGGAAUUGUGGAUCCCCUUGCAUAUGUGGAGUGGUUCACUCCGUUCCAAGCAUAUCACGAGGACACCGGUAUGUAUGUAGUCUCUCCUUCUACUCGGAAUCACCACCGCUACACCUCCAUCAUCCCUAUCACCUCCGUCGUACGUACAUGUCACCUCCUUCCAGUGUUUGGGAAGAAGAUAGCAUCAUCUUGGACAUCGGACAAUGUCACGGACAAGUGUGCAAAGUUCUAUGUUAACCCGUAUCUAAGUCAUCACGAUUUCGUUUUGUAUAGAUACCUACCCACCCUACUCUCUAAUCGCAGCUAG